AGAGGAGACAAAGUGCAUUGAGAAAGCAGUAGCGGUGUUGGUGGUGGUGGUGGUGGUGUUGGAGGGGAGGUGGGGAGGAGACGAGCUCCAGCCUGCAAGCCCCAGACGGGCUGGCUCCGCAGGGGCUGCACCCAGGCACAGAGCUGCCUUUGUCAGGGGUUCCAAGGCUUGUUUUCUGCGGGACAUCCCCUUCUCAGCCAUCUACUUCCCCUGCUAUGCUCACACCAAGGCUUACCUCACCGAGGAGGACGGAAGGAUAGGGCCGGCCAAGAUGCUGUUUGCAGGAGCUCUGGCAGGCAUGCCAGCGGCCUCUCUGGUGACCCCAGCAGACGUGAUCAAGACCAGGCUACAGGUGGCGGCACGUGCCGGUCAGACCACCUACAGCGGCCUGGUGGACUGCUUCUGGAAGAUCCUCAGAGAAGAGGGGGCCCGUGCUUUCUGGAAAGGAGCAGGAGCUCGAGUGUUUCGAUCCUCGCCUCAGUUUGGAGUGACUCUGGUGACCUAUGAACUCCUGCAGCGCUGGUUCUACAUUGACUUUGGGGGACAAAAGCCGGCUGGCUCGGAGCCCACCCCCAAGUCUCGGAUCAGCCUGCCGGCGCCCAACCCCGACCACAUCGGAGGCUUCAGGUUGGCCGUGGCCACGUUCGCUGGCAUCGAGAGCAAGUUUGGACUCCAUCUCCCACGCUACACAGUGGCAACAGCAGCAGCAGCAGCAGCCCCUGCAAACACCCCUUGAACUGCUCACUUUGUUUAGUCCAUGGGUGAGGUGGGGGGUAAGUGAAAGAGAGGGCUUGAAUGUUUGUAGUAUUUUAAGUCACUUAUUUAAAAUUAUUUAUUAUUUAUCUUAUAUAGUAGUAUAUAGGCAGACAUGUUAAUUGGUGAGCCAGUUAGCAUGGGUGAUUUCAAGGAAACUCUUUGUAGAACUUGUGCAGUAUUUGUUUUAACUUUGAUUGACAUUGUAUAGAGUUGUAUUAUAUUGGGGUUUUGUUUUUCAUACAGUUUAGCCAGUACAGUAUAUGCACACAGACAGUAGAAGGGCUGGCAGAUGUUGAAACACACCUUAACCGCUUUGGAAAAUAGUAUCAAUAACUACAUACAGCAGCAGCUUUUUCCAGUGUCUUCCUAUUGUUGCUUUAUAAUCAAAAGCACAUUCCUCAUAUCAUAUAACUGGCUAAAAAAAUUAUUGAUCAUAAAUGUGGCACUUCUGUAUAUAGGAGAUAUCCAGAGACAUAUUUUCAUAUCUAUAUGGCUGUUUUGGUCCUGACUUGCUCAUUUGAUCAAAUGUAUCCACAAAAAUUUGACCAAUCAAUACUUGAAUGUAAAGACACAGUGUAACAUUCUGACUGUACAAGAUGUUAACUGUUGUAAGAUUAUUUGGUUUCAGGUCUAAAUGUAUGCAGACGUGUAAAUAUCUGAAAGAGACAAAGAGCUGGCACCAACUGCACUUCUGUAGCGUGUCACGACUGAGUAUUUAAAACUGUACAGUGCAGAGAAUGUAGGAGUUACAUAUGGUGUGUAAUAAUCGUGCCUUACUGUACGUAUGGCAGCAACGUGUGUACUGAGAGUAAAGAGAAACUUAUAUUAGUAA